AUGAUAUUUAAUUUGCAGCAGGCUGUGUUUUAUUAUUUUGAAAUGAAAAAAGUUGAAAUAAAUAAGUUGGUCGAAUGCGAAGUUUGCGGAAAAGUACUUUGCAAUGUACAAAAUAAAACUAUUCACAUGAGACAACAUACAGGAGAAAGACCAUACAAAUGUGAUGAAUGUGGAAAAGGAUUUUGUGACAAUAGUACUUUGAGAAAACAUAUUAAUCGACAUAUGAAGAGAUUUGUUUGCAAAAUCUGUGAACGGCCCUUCGGCUGCAAGUCUCAGCUUUCUACUCAUAUUCUCACUCACACAAAGGAGAAAAUAUUUUUUGCGAGUAAAGAAAAUUUAAAGUUGCAUGUGGGAAGGCAUACUAAUGAGUAUCCAUUCAAAUGUGAGAUAUGUGGCGUCAUUAAGGUGCAACAGCGCAAGCUGGAUAUUCAUAUGCGUACACAUACAGGUGAAAAACCGUUCAUCUGUAAGUUAUGUGGGAAGGCAUUUAGCCAUGACACUAAUCGAAAUGCUCAUAUGCAAACACAUUCCAACGAAAAGCCGUAUGCAUGUGAGAUAUGUGAAAAGAGAUUUGCUUUACAAAGAUAUGUCAAGAAACACAUGAAACGGAUUCAUUUGAAAUCAAAAAGUAUCUUAAAUACGGACAAGUUGAACGGGAACUAA